CCUCAUGAAUAUGCAUGACCCUCAAUGGUUAGUGACUGAACUGCAGUCGUCUGUGUAUUCCGCUAUGUGGUAGCCUGUUCUUGUUACUAUCAACUAUUCAUCGCUGCCAGAAUGGUGAAGCAGUAAUACUAAACACUGUAAGUUGCACUUGCAAGAAUGGCUGACAAAAAGGGAAACACUGUCCCCCCAGUCAAAACACUAACAAGGAAGGAAAAAGAAGUGCGAAAGAAAAAGGAGCAAGAAAAGGCAGCUGUUGUUUUUGAAGAAUUUUUAGCAUCAUUUGAGCCCAGUCAAAAGAGUGGAGUGAAAACCUUUGUCCGCGGAGGAAUUGUAAAUCCAACAAAGGAUGAGGAAGCAGGAGAGGCCACCAAAAGUAGGCUUUAUCGACCUGCUUCAAAAUGUGUUCCCCUAUCUGAAGAUGCCACACCAGCAUCAUCUGCAGAGUGCAAAAAGUCUGCUUUUAAAAGAAAGGUAGAGGAAAAGAAGAAGAGUAACUUAGAGCUCUUCAAAGAGGAACUUAAGCUAAUUCAGGAAGAACGGGAGGAGAGAUACAAAAGAAAGCAAAACGAACCAGCUGGUGGAGGAGGAUACGCAAUUCUGGAAUCACCAUUGUUAGGACGACCAAUAUUUUAUGAUGACCCAACAAUACCAACCACCACUAAUCUAUACAUCAGCUGUAUCAGUCCCAAGAUGAAUGAGGAGAUCCUUUGCAAAGAGUUUGGUAAGUACGGUCCUCUGGCCAGCGUCAAGAUCAUGUGGCCCCGCACGGAUGAGGAGCGCUGCAGGACUUCCAACAGAGCCUUUGUGGCUUUCAUGACGCGGAAAGAUGCAGAGCGAGCUUUGGCAGCGCUUGAUGGGAAAGUGAUUAUGGGAUUUGAAAUGAAGUUGGGAUGGGGCAAACCGGCUCGAAUUCCUCCGCAGCCGCUCUACACUCCAGUUGGGGUGAGGGCUGCGCCGCCACCCCAGUCAGGCCUUCCUUUCAACGCACAGCCAAGGGAUCGUUUUCGAAACGACUUCACCAAACCCCUGGCCUUGUCCAAAGUAGAUCUCGACAAGACUCUGUCCGAAGCCGUAGUCAAAGUGGUUAUCCCGACCGAAAGAAAUUUAUUAUUCCUCAUCCAUCGGAUGAUAGAGUUUGUGGUGCGUGAAGGUCCUUUGUUUGAAGCCAUGAUAAUGAACAAAGAAAAAAGCAACCCCGAGUACAGGUUCCUUUUUGACAACAAGAGUCAAAAUCACGUUUACUAUCGCUGGAAACUAUUCUCCAUCCUGCAGGGAGAGUCGUUGACCAAAUGGAGGACGGCGGAUUUCCGUAUGUUCCGCGGAGGCUCUCUGUGGAGGCCUCCCGGUUUCAACAGCUACAUGGACAGAGAUGAGGAGACAGAGGAAGGGGACGAGGUCGCUUCUGCCGAGGAGGAGGUGAAGAAGGGACAUCUCAGAGCCGAGCACAGACAGAAGCUGGAGGUGCUGCUUCAGGAGCUCACUGCCAGCAAAGCGGUCAUCGCCGACGCCAUGCUCUUCUGUCUUGAACGAGCCGACGCAGCGGAGGAAGUCGUUGGCCACGUCACAGAAUCGUUCUCCUCGCCUCAGACUUCCCUUCAAAAGAAGAUUGCCAGCUUGUAUCUCGUAUCAGACAUUUUGUACAACUCCAGUGCCAAAGUCGCCGGGGCUUCAUAUUACCGGAAGCAUUUCGAAUCAAAGCUGUCACAGAUAUUUGGAGUGCUUCAUGAAGCGUACAAAAACAUACAAGCCAGGCUGCAAGCUGAACAGUUCAAGCAAAAGGUCACAAGUUGUUUUCGAGCUUGGGAGGACUGGGCCAUAUACCCGCAGCCUUAUCUUAUCCGCCUUCAAAACAUCUUCCUGGGCUUUGUCAAAGCUGGAGAAGAGUUGACGGAGGUGGCAGAAGAAGCUUCUCAAAAACUCGACGGCGUACCGAUGGACCGUGCUCUUAUCGACGGGCUGCCUCUACGCAAAGGCCCAGCGGAUGACCUGGACGGCUGCCCAAUGGGCUGGGACCCUCUGGAUGGCGUUCCCGUUGACGACAUAGACGGCGUUCCCUUGGGAAGUGCCAUCGACGACAUUGACGGAAUGCCGCUGGAUGACAGCAAGGUGGCUCUCCCCAGAGGGCCCUUGUCCAAGUGGGAGAAGACGGCCGACGACGAGACUUUCUCGCAAGCCUUUCCCGAGUCCAAGUGGAGCACUGCGUCAGGCAAGGACAAUGUCAAAGAAGUGAAUGUAAGUGUCAACUCACUGGAUGGAGGCAACUCGGAGAGUGACAGCAGUGAUGACUCGAGCAGUUCCCCCAAACAUGACAGCGCACAUUUCCAGAGCUCACUCAGAACUUUUCAAUUGUCUGAGAGCCAAAGAAAAAAGCUGAGAGAGCUAGAAUUGAAGGUUAUGAAGUUCCAAGAUGAGCUGGAAAGCGGCAAAAGGCAGAAGAAGUCCGGCAUGAGCAUCCAGCAGCAGGUGGAGAAUUACAGGAACAAACUGCUGCAGAAGGAAUUUGACAAAGAGGAUGAUAGGCCUGAGAGAUCCACAUCCAAAUCAAAAGAGAAGCCAACAGAGGACAGAAAGGACAAAAAGAAGAGCAAAAAAAGUGAAAACGGAGAGAGACAACGGAGUCGCGAUUCGGACAGGCGCAACAGAAAAUCAAAUAGCAUCUCUCCUUCAAAGUGUCCCAGACAGUCCAAACGGUCCCGAUCUCCAUCUCCAGAAUGGAGGGGGCGCAGGUCCCGGUCACAGUCCCCGCAUCGUUCCCACAAGAAGCCAAAAAAGAGUAAACAUUGACUCUCGCCUCCAGGCCUGCAACUCAACUACAAGCAGGUGUCCACCACUCACAGCGCUCCGUCAUCUUGGUCCCCAAACAAACUCCCCCGCAAGAUUCCGCGCUCUUUUUGUAUCAUAUUUGGACACUAAUUAUAUUUUUGUUUUACGUUUGUUUAUAAAAUAAUUUGAAAUGUGCGACGCUCGAACAUUAAAAUCACUCUUAGUGAAUUUGUG